GCAAGCUGCCAACAUGGAACCAACGUACCAUCUUAUGCCUAAAGCCCUGCGCAAGGCCAUUGCUGACUUUGAUCAAGGCAGCCUUGCCCAGGUGCUUGCAGUGCCGCCGCAACGCUCCAUCCAAGAGAGCAUCUACGAUCGGCUAAAUGAUUUGGUGGAUCGUUCACGUUUGCAAACAACAUUUGCGACCACGGACAUCUUGUACGAUGUGGGAAGCAUCGAGGAGGUCGGCGACGCAUCGUCGAGUCGUCCAGCGGCAAGCAUGUGUUCGGGCGCGCAACCCGAAGGCGGCCUCCUCGCAGACAUCGCUCGCUUUGAUCGCGACAGCUUGAAGAAGGUGGUCCUGCCACCGCCACGUUCAAUCCAAGAAAGCGUGAUUCGGGAUUUAAUGUUAAUGUUUCGACCAACGCGGCCAACAUACGCGGAUUACUGGACUGCAGAGACAAGCUUCAACGUGCACGGGGCGAGUGCGGACGAGGACGUGGACGAUGAGGACAGCGACGUGGAGAGUGACUGGAGCGAUCUUGUCGACGAGGUCGACGACGAUGGAACCCAAGACAAUGACGAUAAGGCGGUGGUCGACUUUGAUUUUCUUCUUGUCCAGCGCACGCAACCCACCUUUCACCCCGCGGCCCACGCAGAGCUCCUCGCUGCAAUUCGCAAGCGCGUACCGAAAUGCACGCGCAGUCGCACCCGUCGUCGUAGCUUGGAGCUACACCGUCGAAGCCCCGUGGUCGCGAGAAGCCGAUCACCACUGCGACUCUAUCCGGUGCCGAUUCUGCGGUGCCCCGAUUUGACACGCGGCUCGUCGCUGUCGCUUUCCGAGGCUUCCGAAUGGUCGGACGACGACUAGCUGUCAGUCGUAUCUCUUGCAUAAGGACAAUACAAGCCUUGCCGCUGC